AUGUCUGCACUCGUCAUCAUGGAGAACAUGGAGAACACGGAGAACAACUCUCGCGUUCUCUUGUUCUUGACUCACCUCGCGGCGGCGCUCGUCUUCACUUAUGUCAUCUGGGCCCUCGUCUUCACCUACCUUGGUCUUCUCAACUGGACCAAGAUGGGCUCUCGCCUCGCUCCUCUUUCUGAUACUCGUCUUCCCAUUGCUUUCGAUCUGCGUGCCAUGAACCACAUCGUCGAGUUCAUGCGAGGCAUUCCUGGCCUGGGACUUCCCACCGGACCCCAGCCUCUCGAGAUCCAAGGCAUCCCCGCAAUCAUCUCGUGGGCUCAGAGAUUCAAAGUCCUGAUCCGGGCUUUCGACUCUGAGUUCCGCCUGUACCAGCAGACCCGGGACGCGUAUGCCGACUUCAUGAGCCGCCCAUACAUCCGCCACAGCCGCGGUCUCAACCGAACUCUCGCGGAAGAGCACCGCAACGACCUCGACGACAUGCUCAGCGGCUGCAGAAGCUACAUGCAGGCGAACCGAGACGAGCAGGACGAGGCUCUCAACCAGAUGCGCAUGCAUGCCGACGACUUCUAUGCACAGCUCGAGUCCAUGAGCGAGGAGCACAAGACGGUCCUGGCCCAGUAUGUGCGCAAGUUCUUCCGGGAGAAGAGACUGACCCAGAACUGGCGUCGCGACCCCGCCCCCGUGUGGCCCUCCAACUGA